AUGACGGCAGCAGCAAAGCACCACUCCGACACAGAGGAUGGCGACCGACUAGCCCGCCUCCCCGAUGCCGUGCUAGUCCAAAUCUUCCAAGUCAUCGCCAAACACUCCCGCCGCGACCUCUGCAACAUCUCGCUGCUCAACCGCCGCUACCACCUGCUCGCCGACGCCAUCCUCUACAAUGUCGUCCAGUUCCUCACCCCCGAGCUGCACCAAAUCUUCACACAGUCGCUGCGUCGCAAUCCUCGCCGCGGCUCCGCCAUCUACGAGAUCCAGCUCGCGUACCCCGCAUCGAAGUUGUCGUCCCAGUAUCCCGAGACGCCCAUCAAAACAAACCACUGGAACCGCCCGCUCGACAAUCUUUCUCAGUCCAUCGCCACAAUGUCCAAUCUCGAGGUCCUCGACAUUGCCGUCCCCGACACUCUGCUGCACGGCAUUGGCCAGCUCUUCGAUGGGCCCUUUGAUCUCGCCUGCCUGCAAUCGUGCACCCUCUUCUACCAGAGCGAGGGAGACGCAUUCUGGGACUUGCGAGAAAACAUUCACAUCUUUUCCCAGCCAUCACUAGAAAAGCUCACCAUUAAGCGAGCGAAGCUCGACCACAGAGGCUUCGACCUGCUCGAGCAACCGCACAACACAGCCUUGGCCAAGCUGCACCUGCUCGAAUGCGACAUCAAUGACGAUGCUCUCGGCGACUUGUUGGCUUUCCCCAAGGCCCUUAAAGAAUUCGUCAUGACGCAGCCCCAAGACCCGAGCCCGGAUCUCGAGGAAAGCUCCGACAGCCUGCGCGACUACAUUGUGGCGUUGGGCGCCGCAGCACACUCGCUAGAGACCAUCACUAUAGAUUUUCCCAUCCUACGAAAUACAAAGGCCCUCGCCAUGCGUGACUUUGUCCAACUCAAGACGCUGCGGAUCAACUGGGAUCACCAGCUCUUUGGCAAGUCGUCCAAGAAGCCGCGCAUGACCUCGGUCGGUGUGCCCCCCGAAUUAGAGACGCUCGAGUUCUUCAACCCGCUCGGCACAGACGAAGAAGUCACCGAUUUAUUUGUUAGCGCAGUAGAGAGCAUACACAUUACAGCACGCAAGUUGGCCCAGCUCAUCCUCGUUGAGGGCGGCGACGACGGCCAGACGAUUCCGAAUAGACUACACGAUGCGCUGAAAGCACAGCCGCAGAUAAAAAUAGAUGUUAUAGGGCAAAUGGAUAUACAUGGCGAAUAG